AUGUCGCGCAUAUACAAUAAUAACAAUCGUUAUCAAUCAAAUCGAUUAUCAUUCGAUGUCCAUGCUCCUCAAAAAGCUAUCUAUCGUAUUCGAGCACAAUCUGAUAUACAUCGAACUCAAUUUAUCGUUGAUACAUUUUCACAAUUUUUUAAUGCUGGAAUUCGUGAAAAUCCAACUGCUUUUCGUGGUCGUUUUCGUAAAAUGGCAGCUACACCAUUUAAUUUCUAUCGUGGAUCAGCAGUCUUAUUUUAUCAAGAUUUAAAAAUUGAUCAAGAUCAAUUCAUUGCUCGAAAUCAAGCUGCUGGACAAGUUUUUAUUCAUGGUGAUUUACAUGCAGAAAAUUUUGGUACAUAUUUAGAUAAUAAUGGUAUUCUUAAUUUUGAUGUCAAUGAUUUUGAUGAAGGUUAUGUUGGUCCAUUUACAUGGGAUGUGAAACGGUUAAUAACUUCAAUUAAUUUAAUAUGCUAUUCAAAAGGUUUUUCCGAUAGAGAAAUCGAACAUAUUCUUAUCGUUUUUAUUGAAGAAUAUUUAAAACAAGUUUAUGAAUUUUGUAAACAUUCAAAAGAUCAUUUUGCUUUAACAUUAAAAAAUACAACAGGUAAAAUAAAAAAAUUAUUAAAUGAAACUCGUAUUAAAUCUCAUGUUGCACAUUUGGAUUCAAUGACAAUUAUUGAAAAUUAUGAUCGAAGAUUUAUUCGUACAAAAUAUACACAAGAUGUUGAUGAUAACUUACGUGAUAAUUUAAUGCAUGCAUUCGAAAAAUAUUUAGAAACAGUACCAGAAAAUAAAAAACAAGUGGAUUUAAAUGUUAACAGUUCACAAUUAACUUAUAAAAUUAAAGAUAUUGUUGCACGUUCAUCACCCGGAAUUGGUUCAGCAGGAAAAGUUUCCUAUUCAUUUUUAAUUGAAGGUCGAUCGGAAACAUUAGAAAAUGAUAUUAUUCUCUAUAUGAAACCAGCACAAAAAUCUGCUGUUUCUUAUGUUGUUCGAAAUCCAACAUUAGAUGAAUAUUUUAAACAUGAUGGUUUACGUACAGUUUUAUGUUCAUAUGCAAUGCAAGCAUCAACACCUAAAUGGUUAGGUUAUACAACAUUAGGUUCAAUUCCUUGUCUUGUUGAUGCAGUUACAGCACAUUCAGAAGAUUUAGAUUGGUCGGAUAUCAAUGAUUUUAAAGAUGUUUUAGAAGUCAUUCAAUAUCUUGGACGAGCUAUGGCUAAAAUUCAUUGCGUAGCUGAUUCCGAUUGUCUUAAUACACCAAAAGAUGUUGUACAAUUACCAUUUUCAAUUAUACCAAAAGAUACGGAAUUUACAAUUCGAGAUGCUAUUCAUGGAGAAGAUGAUGAAUUUAUUCAAGAUAUGGUAGAAUUUGGCAUGUUAUAUGGUGAACAAGUAAGACGUGAUCAUCGAUUAUUUUUCGAAGCAUUUCGUAAUAAUCAAUUUCCAGAUCUUUAA